CAUGUCUUUACAUCUACAGUGGCCAAGGCCGAUGUUUGCCGGGAGGACAUUGAAAUAUAAAAAGUAAAUGCCCGUAGGACAGGAAUAAGCAAUCCUAUUGCAUGGAAUCGUGCUGGGCCUUUUACCAGCAGGGAAAUUACAUUUUCCGUUGUUAAGUUUCGUUUGUCGUUGCCCCAACAAUCCAUUGGUGGGGCAGAAUCAACAUCUUCCCCGCGUGUCCAGCUUGCCACACUCUGAAUCUUUUUUUCUCACACGUCUCCCAAGACAUCCACACCACUCUCCGCUCUGUACCUACUUCAACGCCCGACGAAAUAGCGAUAACAGAAAAAUGAGUACUACUGUGGAGAAAAUCAAGGCCAUCGAAGAUGAGAUGGCCAAAACCCAAAAGAAUAAGGCAACGUCUUUCCACCUGGGCCAAUUGAAAGCAAAACUCGCCAAACUACGAAGAGAACUCGUGACUCCCUCCUCCUCUGGAGGGGGUGCUGGGAUUGGCUUCGACUGUGUAUCUGUAGGGUUUCCUUCAGUCGGUAAGAGUACUCUCUUAAAUCUGCUCACGGGCACCCACUCUGAGGCAGCGGCCUACGAAUUCACGACCCUUACGACUGUUCCCGGCUGUGUCAUGUAUAAUGGCGCCAAAAUUCAGAUGUUGGAUCUCCCCGGAAUUAUUCAGGGUGCAAAGGAUGGAAAGGGUCGAGGUCGUCAAGUGAUUGCGGUAGCGAAGCAAUGCAACCUUAUAUUCAUUGUGCUGGAUGUCAACAAACCGUUAACCGAUAAGAAGAUCAUCGAGCAAGAGCUGGAGGGGUUCGGUAUCAGGAUUAACAAGCAGCCACCAAACAUUGUUUUUAGGAAGAAGGAUAAGGGAGGCAUUAGUGUCACUAGCACCGUGCCACUUACUCAUCUUGACGCUGAGGAAAUAAGAGCGGUUACAACAGAAUACAAAAUAAGUUCUGCAGAUAUCGCUUUCAGGUGCGAUGCGACUGUCGAUGAUCUAAUCGAUGUUAUCGAAGAGAAGAGUCGAAGAUAUAUUCCAGUAAUCUACGCCCUCAACAAAAUUGAUGCUAUAUCAAUUGAGGAGCUUGAUUUACUUUAUCGAAUUCCCAAUUCUGCGCCAAUAUCAUCGGAAAGGGGCUGGAAUGUCGAUGAGCUUCUAGAAUUAAUGUGGGAAAAGCUUGACUUACGAAGAGUCUACACAAAGCCCAAAGGCCAAACACCUGACUACACACAACCUGUUGUUUUAAGAUCUAACGCCUGUGCCGUCGAAGACUUUUGUAAAGCAAUUCACAAAAGCAUUAUCGAUUCUUUCAAAAUUGCGAUUGUCUACGGCAGUAGUGUGAAACAUCAGCCACAGAGGGUUGGACUUUCACACGUUCUGGAGGAUGAGGAUGUGGUUACCAUUGUUAAGAAGUAA